AAUUCAAUUUUAUUUAUAUAGCGCUUUUCACAAUGUGCAUUGUUCCAAAGCAGCUUUACAGGAGCAAAUAAGAAAAACACAGAAAGGUAAAACACAGCACAGUGCAUGGUGUUUAUAGACCAAGCAAGAUCAUUAUAUUAAAUAAUAUCUAAUAAAUAAAUGAAUAAAUAAAUAAAUGCAGUCUCCCAGUGAGCAAGCCAACACUGCACUUCUGUGGCGAGGAACCCAAACUCCAAUGAUGAAUAAAUGGGGGAAAAAAAACCUCGGGAGAAACCAGGCUCAGCUGGGAGGGCCAGAUCUCCUCUGACGUGUCAUAGCUGCACUCAGUGAACCCGACCAAAGCCACCGAGCAAACAUCAACGAAGAACACGGAGAGCCCACGAGCCAGGAAGCCCCACCCGCCGAAACCGUGCAGGUCCAACCCAGUCCCAUUCCGCGAUCAACAACAGACAACAGAGGAACAACCAGGGAAAAAUAGUAAUGGCAUAAUUAACCUUAUUCCUCCGUUGUCCGACAUCGACCACAAAACAAGACCAAACCAGACCAGACCCACACAGUCCCAACAAAUGAAACGCCCCAAACCACAACCAACAAGCCCCCCCACUCCCCACAAACACCCACCCAGCAACCACCCAGCUAUAACUUCAAACUGCUGUCAUGUGAUGUAAGUUUAGCAUUAAAUACCAAGUAUUGUAAAUGUAGCAUUAAUGUGACAAGUAGUCUGUCUUUGCUCUUGAUUGGGGAUGGAAUUGUCUGAGCUGGGCCGUUCAGAUGGUCGCUUUUCUCUUGGGUGGUGAUGGAAUUGCCUUGGAUGGAGCUGGGAUGGUCAGUCAGUCCGCAGGCUCUCGCAGGAGGAUGGCACAGGAUUUUCCGAUGUAGCUGGCGUAAUCUCUAGUUGGGGAUGGGCAUAUGACGUUCAUCUGGGCCUGGCGGAAUCUCUCCCCGAGCUGCUGCGCAAGGAGGGUGAUUUUUCUGCUCCCCGACUACUGGAUGAGAAGGAAAUGCAACCCAGUGAGGACAUGCAGCUAAAGAAAAAGAACAGGAAGUCGGGAACGCCCUGUAAAAUGAGAGAGCAAGAUGGGCGAGCAGGAAAGGCAGUUGUAGAUGAAAAUGGAAAUUGUCCACUUUCCAAGGUGCAGAAAAACUUUAUCUGUGAUCACUGUUAUGGAGCUUUCAGGAGUGGAUAUCACCUGAAGAGACACAUUCUCAUUCAUACCGGAGAAAAGCCGUUUGCAUGUGCCGUUUGUGACAUGAGAUUUAUUCAGCGUUACCACUUGGAGCGACACAGCCUUACUCACACAGGGGUGAAGCCGUAUGCUUGUUCCAUGUGUGAAAUGCGGUUUUUCCAACGUUACCACUUGGAGAGGCACAGCCUUACUCAUACGGGGAUCAAACCUUACGCUUGCUCCAUGUGCGACAUGCGAUUUUUCCAAAGAUACCAUCUUCAGCGACACAGCCUCAUUCAUACGGGGGUGAAGCCGUAUGCUUGCUCCAUGUGUGACAGGCGUUUUUUCCAACGUUAUCAUCUGCAGAGACACAGCCUCACUCAUACGGGGGUGAAGCCGUAUGCUUGCACCAUGUGUGACAUGCGUUUUUUUCAACGCUACCAUCUCCAGAGACACAGCCUUACCCAUACGGGGGUGAAGCCGUACGCUUGUUCCAUGUGUGACAUGCGUUUUUUUCAACGUUACCAUCUGCAGAGACACAGCCUCACACAUACGGGGGUGAAGCCAUAUGCUUGUUCGAUGUGUGACAUGAGGUUUUUUCAACGUUACCAUUUGGAAAGACACAGUCUGACUCAUACUGGAGAGAAGCCGUUUGCAUGUGACAUGUGUGACAUGCGGUUUAUUCAGAGGUAUCAUCUUGAGAGACACAAGCGUGUUCACAGUGGAGAGAAACCUUAUCAGUGUGAACGCUGUCAGCAGAACUUCUCGCGGACAGACAGGCUGCUGAGGCACCGGCGCUUAUGUCAGGGUCGUGGUGUAGCUAAAGUCGAGGCUCAGCCAUGCUCCUUCCCCCAGGAGCCUCCCCAGGCCCCUCCGACCACCUGGAGUCCCCUGCACCCUGCCACGGGUCGUCUCGCUGUCUGAUAUAAUUCAUCCAGACAAAACUUGAGAAGACAGCAACACAUCUAUACCUCUGUUAGGCACAGUGGUGCCGUCUGAUGGAGAGAUGUGCUAUAGAGAAAUGAGGAAAGAAGUCCAAUCUUCUGUUUCUGUAUUUGAAAAAAGUGGGGAUUUCCCUUUAAUCUUUAAGGGUUAUUUUAUACUUUUUGGUAAUGUAACAAUAGGGUAAGAGUGGGAAAUAUCGUAUCACCAGCCAUCUAACCAAAAAAGUUAAUAUAUUUCAUGAUAAUACAACCCAGCUUUUAUUGACAUUGCUUAUACUAACAGACAUUGAUUCCUACUUACUUAAUGUAAGUUAAACAUAAGUACGUGGAUGAAACGGCAUCAUAUAUGAUGUGGAGGCCUGCUGUAAAGUGCUACGGUUUCGUAUCCCUACUGUCCUGAGCACUCAGGUAAUAUCUGACUACAAUCACGAAUACUCCAUGUCCAUGUGGAAAUGCACAGUGUAUAUACAUAUAUUCAUUUAAACAUUCGCAGGCUAUUUCUCAAUUACAAGUUUUGAUCUGAUAUUGUAACUAUGAUGUGUAUAUAACCGUUGUUUAACGGUGACGUAAGAGACAGAUGCAUUUCUUUUACCAGCUCAUGGCAGUGACCAAGAACAAACAGCUGGUUUGUUCUCUGCCAUCGCCAUGAGCUGGUACAAGAAAUGCAUGUGUGUCAGGAGUCACUGUUCAAUGCUGUUAACAAAAUGUGCAGGUCAUGUGUCACCCCAAAUAAAAAAAAUAAGAGUUUGCAUAAAGACAUUGUUCUAGAACCAAGUUUUUGCAUAACAGUACAUCUCUUCCGAAGUCGCACUACUGUCAUACAAAAACCAUCUCAUUUAUGUGAUGCAACAAUUCUUAUGCAUACAAGAAAGAAAUGUCUUCAAUGUAAUGCAAAAAAAGUAUUUUACGAUACAGAUGUGAUACAGAAAAAAUCACAGUAUUGCAAUAAUGAGAAUGUAAUUCAAAAUAAUGUAAUGGCUGUCAAGUGAUUAAUAGCGAAAUCAGAAUUGAAUCCAGAAUUAAAUUUUGUGUUUACAUAAUACUGUAUAUGUCUGUGUACUGUGCAUAUUUAUUUAGUGUUUAUAAACAGAUACACAAACGUGUAUGUAUGAUAUGUAUAUAUACACGGACGUGCUCAAAUUUGUUGGUAUCCCUCCACAAAAAAUGAAGAAUGCACAAUUUUCUCUGAAAUAACUUGAAACUGACAAAAGUAAUUGGCAUCCACCAUUGUUUAUUCCAUAUUUAAUAGAAAUCAGACUUUGCUUUAGAUUUUUUAUUCAACAUAAUAUUGUAAAUAAUAAAACAAAUGAAAAUGUCAUGGACUAAAAUGGUGGGACCCCUAGCCUAAUAUUUUGUUGCACAACCUUUAGAGGAAUGCAAAGUUUUCUGUAGCUCUCAAUGAGACUUCUGCACCUGUUAACAGGUAGUUUGGCCCACUCUUCCUGAGCAAACUGCUCCAGCUGUCUCAGGUUUGAUGGGUGCCUUCUCCAGACUGCAAGUUUUAGCUCUUUCCAUAGAUGUACUAUAGGAUUCAAAUCAGGACUCAUAGAAGGCCACUUCAGAAUAGUCCAAUGUUUUGUUCCUAUCCAUUCUUGGGUGAUUUUAGCUGUGUUCAUUAUCCUGUUGGAGGACCCAUGACCUGCGACUGAGACAGCUUUCUGACACUGGGCAGUACGUUUUGCUCCAGAAUGCCUUGAUAGUCUUGAGAUUUCAUUGUGCCCUGCACCGAUUAAAGGCACCCUGCAGAUGCAACAAAGCAGCCCCAAAACAUAACCAAGCCUCCUCCGUGUUUCACUGUAGGUAUGGUGUUCACUUCUUUGAAAGCUUGAUUUUUUCGUCUGUGCACAUAGAUCUGAUGUGACUUGCCAAAAAGCUCCAGUUUUGACAAAUCUGUCCAAAGGACAUUCUUCCAGAAGGAUUGUGGCUUGUCAAUAUGAAUUUUGGCAAAUUCCAGUCUGGCUUUUUUAGAUUUUCCUUCCUCCUAGGUCUUCUUCCAUGUAGCCCACUUUUGCUUAAAAAGCGAUGGAUGGUGCGAUCAGAAACUGACGAACCUUCACCUUGUAGUUCAGUUUGUAUCUCUUUGGCAGUUAUCCUUGGUUCUUUUUCUACCAUUCGCACUAUCCUUCUGUUCAAUCUGGAGUCGAUUUUCCUCUUGCGGCCGCACCCAGGGGGGUUUGCUACAAUUCCAUAGACCUUAAACUUAUUAAUAAUAUUUUCAACUGUUGUCACAGGAACAUCGAGCAGCUUGGACAUGGUCUUGUAGCCUUUACCUUUACCAUGCUUGUCUAUUAUUUUCUUUCUGAGCUCCUCAGACAACUCCAUCCUUUGCUUUCUCUGGUCCAUGUUCAGUGUGGUGCACACAAUGAUACCAAACAGCACAGUGACUACUUUUCUCUGUUUAACUAGGCUUAAUGACUGAUUACAAGAUUGGAUACAUGUGUGAUACUAAUUAAAGAAACUAAUUAGUUUGAAAUAUCACUAUAAUCCAAUAAUGUAUUAUCUUUUCUAAGGGAUACCAACAAAUGUGUCCAGGCCAUUUUAAAAUAUCUUUGUAGAAUAAGCAAUAAUUAAUCUCUUUCAACAGCUUCUUUGCAUUAUUCUAUGACAUACCAAAGGCAUGCAAGUAUACAUGAUACAAUAGCUUUCAAUUUCAUCACUCUUCAGGAGGAAUGAAGCAUUAUUUCAAUGAGCUGUAAAGGUACCAACAAAUUUGAGCACGUCUGUAUAUAUAUAUAUAUAUAUAUAUAUAUAUAUAUAUAUAUGCAGUAUGUACAUGUAAUUUAUUUAUAUUUACAUAUUGCUUAUUGCUCCCUGAACUCUUUGUAAGUCGCUUUGGAUAAAAGUGUCUGCUAAAUGACUAAAUGUAAAUGUUAUAUUUGCCAGUAAUUUAAAUUAUCUGCGAUGUAUAAUUUUUAUAUUUUAUUUUUUUCUUAAAAAUAUGCAUGUUUGUGAAUGUGUUUAUAAAUACAAAAUUAUUAUGCACAGUACACAGACAAAUAUUAUGUAAACAAAUCUUUUAUUCUGGAUGCGAUUAAUCGCGAUUUUUUCGUUUGAUAGCCCUUGAGAGUCAAAUGCAUUACUCUUAUGAGAAAUCAGGAUAGACUUUGCUGAAUUGUAUUCCUUCUGCAAAUUUUCUGUAUUCAAAAUGUUUCCUUUUGAUUUGGUGGUAAAAUAUGACUUGGACAUGUUUUGUUAGAUACUGUUUGCUAAUGUAUCUACGUGGUAAAUGAUGUGAUAAACGUCCAAAAGACCCACACUUUUAUGUACAGAUUUAUACGCGCAACAUAUAACAAAGUUUUGUGGCCUUAGGAUGUGUUCAUGUGUUUGUUUUGUGUACUUUUUUAUUUGUACCUUGGUGAUAAAAUAAUAUGCAUAUUAUUUUACCAAAGUACUCACAGAGGACAAUUUAGUUUUUUUAUGUUUUAACUUUAUUUUGAGUAUUUACAAGCAAAGCUCUAUAGAAUUCUCUCUCUUAUAUAGAUGUGUGUGUUUUUCCUUUAUUUCUGAAAAUCCUUAUUGUUAAUGUGUGUCUGCUUUCAGCACAUGGGUCCACUGGCAAUGAAAUGUCAGAAAACUGAUGCUGAAAGGAUUUUAAUGGAUCUGUUUGUUGUUGUCUUUUCUAUUGUACUCUUGAUUUCUGCUGUUCAACGAGGGUCUUGUGUGUACAUUUUGAUACCAAUGGACAGGUUAGUGUUUGAAAUGGGCAUUUAUCAUCAGAUCAUGUUGUGGUGUCCGUUAGCCACUUCCAGAAUAUAAUUUUAGAGGGAUGUCUGCUGUUAAUUGUUGAGAGUAUUUUAAUGACGUACGGUUUUAUUUCAUUUCCCCUCUAAUUCCAUAACAAUGCUUUGUUUUUGUUUGGAACGUUUUUAUUCUACACUAAACCACUGGAGAGAUAAGUGUAAUCUACACACACAUACUGUAUAAUAACACAUCUGUAGACAAAGCCUCUCUCCAAAAUGUCAGUUUGAGUGAUUUGGUUGAUAUUUUGAGUUUGAGAAAAUAUUAACUAAACAGAAGACAGAGGCUUCACCCUAUUUUGAUGUUUUUUGGGACAGACGCUAGCAAUCGCAUCAGUUGUAGAUGGUUUGUUUAUUUUGUAUUGCUUUACAUUGCUGUAAAAACAUUAUUGAUAUCAUUUUCUAUAGCUGAAUGUUUUUUGGAAACUCUUGAUUGCAAAAAAAAACAUGCUAAUUGUUGUAAAAAAAGAGCUUAACUGUUUAUUAAAAUGAAUGAAGACA